GUAGGUCUGAGGUGAGGGGUUAGUAACUGGGUGCCGAAGAGGUGUGGCUGGGGUUCUUUCUGUUUGUUAGCCAGGUCAAGGGUGGGAAGUUCCUAGAGCCUUAAGCAAAGAGAGUUACGGCCUUGUUGGGCCGGGUUCCCCUUGCCUCUGCCCUGCCCCCAUGCAGGACCAACCACGCCUGUGCGUGUGGAAAUGCAUUUAUAACGACCGUACGCCCCCUGCUCCCGCUUUAGUCUUUCUUACCUUUUCCAUUAACGUUUUUUUUUUUGUUGUUGUUGUUGUUUUGUUUUGUAAUUGUAAAAAAAAAAGUCGUUUACCUUCAUUUGGUGAGACUGGGAUAGUUAUCUGGCACGUGGAGAAAGGAAUCAAACGCUACAGAGAUUCUGACAUCUGGCAGGGGCUUUUGUUGCAACUUUUCAGUUCUUUCUGUAAAAGAAACAAAGAGCAGAACUCCAAACACCAGAGACCCACACUGAAAAACAGUGUGAGAGGUUUUAUCAGGGCUUCUUUUCAAAGCUAAGUCCAACAUCAGGUCACAACUCAUAUCUUCUUACGAAAUUCUGCCAUUUUAUUACGUCGAGAUGAAAUCCGGUCUUCAAGGUAUAUGUCCUCUUUUAAAUGGUAACCUGAUCGAGGCGUUAUUGGAUUACUGCCAGGUGAAAAUGGUAUUGAGUCGUUUUACAGCUCUGUACUUUGUCUAUUAACUUGCACUCGGGGGUUUUGUUUGUUUGUUUGUUUGACCUUACCAAGUCACUCAGCAUGGUAGCAUUGGCAAUUCUUAACAGGUUUGGGAACUUGUCAGAGCCUGCAGAUUGUGUGGUGUUAUUUAUUGGCUUUGCAAUGAUACCUUUAUUCUAGUGAACUAUGAAGAAAUAUAGCAUUCAGUCUUUAAGCCAGAAGGAAGAGUCUAAUUUUGCAUGUUGUCAAUUAAAUCCAGAGGGGAGACUUCCCUCUGAGGUGUUCUUUUAAAGAGUUUACAGAUGUGGGGUUUUUUUUUUUGUUGUUUUGUUUUGUUUUGUUUUAGAGAUGAUGUAUUUGUUUCUCUUUUUGAUUUAGAAGUUAAUUCUGUAUUGAUUCAAAAGCUUGAUGUUAAUUAUUGGAAAAAAGAAAAUAACUAGUAAAGUUUCUCUGUUAGGGGACUGCAAGGAUAUCUCCCUCUCCCCUCCUCUCUAAACUCUUAACUCUGUAAGUAGCCCAGGUUGUCCAUGAACUCAAGGUGAUCCUCUUGCUUCAGUCUCUUGUGUACUGAAAUUACAAAUGUGGGCUACUACACCUUGAAUUUUACAUAAUUACUUCAGCUCCUCAUAGAAUCUUUACUUGACAUUAAACUGGAAGGUUAAGUGAGCUGGUAGAGGGGAUUCAGAUACUGAAGUAAGUACUUGACCACACAGACUUUUGUGACUCUUUACUUUCUUCCUUCCUUAUUUCCUUCCUCACUCCCUCCCUCCUUCCUUCCUUCUGUCCUCGUAUCUUAAGUACUUUCUUGAAAGGUUUACACAGGCAACCCUGAGUGGUCCCCAGCCCUGGUAUCUGAAAGUUCUUAAUGUCAUGUCCAGAGCAAGCUUGGUUUUCUUUGUUCCUCACCCCUGAAACCCACAUACUCACAUAGUCAAGUUCAUAUUUUAUAACAGAUGCGACAAGCAUUAUUAAAGAGUACAAAAAGGAGUUUUUCAAAUGAAAGCUAGUCCGUCCUUUCUUCCUUCCUUCCUUCCUUCCUUCCUUCCUUCCUUCCUUCCUUCCUUCCUUCCUUCCUUCCUUCCUUCCUUCCUUCCCUGAGACAGAGUUUCUCUGUGUAGCUUUGGCUGUGCUGGACUCACUUUGUAGACAGGCUGGCCUCAAACUCACAGAGAUCACCUGCCUCUGCCUUCUAGAGCUCUGGGAUUCCAGGCAUAUGCUAUGGAGCCAUCUGCUAGCUUUUCUUCUUAAGGACUUAUUUGUGUGUAGCUGUAAAAUACUGAAACUGCUCAUUUAGUUUUUCUUUCUUUCUUCUAGCUAUAAUUAAUUAUUCAGUAUGCUUCCAUUGACUGAGGAAAACAAACACGUGGCCAAGUUAUUGUUCAGUUCUGGAACCUGUCCAAGAUGUAUCUUCAGAUUCUGUGGUGUGGAUCUUCAUACACCUUACAAAUGCUCAUCCAAGGAGUUGUUCGAUGCUCUACAAAAAUUUCUAGAACCUAAAAAAGAUGAAUUAAUUUUGGAAGUUUCAAACCCACCACUCAAGAAAAUUCGUCUACAAGAAGAUGGGCUCGAUAAUUUGAGUGCAAAUUGUAAGGAGGGAGUCUCUGUUGCUGAAGAUGAAAGCAUGGCCUCUAAGCCUUCAAAUUUGAGUGUGUGCAAUGUUUGCUUAGGAAUUCUUCAGGGAUUCUGCGAAAAAGAGUUUGUUACAAAGGUGUGCCAAAAGGUUGAAGCCUCUGGAUUUGAAUUCACCAGCGUGGUUUUAUCAGUCUCCUUCCCACCGCAGCUGUCAGUGAGAGAGCAUGCGGCGUGGCUGCUGGUAAAACAGGAGACGGGGAAGCAGAGCCUUUCUCUGGGAAGGAAUGAUGUAGUUCAGCUGAAAGAAGCCUACAAAUGGAUAACUCAGCCCCUGUUUUCUGAGGAGCUAGGAGUUCCCAUUGAUGGAAAGAGCCUGUUUGAAGUGAGUGUGGUCUUUGCUCACCCAGAAACAGUUGAGGAUUGCCACUUCCUAGGUAAAGUGUGCCGGGAUUGUUUCAAACCAGCCAAAAACAAGCAGUCAGUGUUCACCAGAAUGGCAGUUUUGAAGGCUUUGAGUAAAAUAAAAGAAGAAGACUUCCUCACGCACUUUCCUUGUCCUCCAAACUCACCAAAGACUGUAUGCUCUGACCCUGAAAUUGAAUGUUCUCAUGGUGCUGUUUUCGUUGCUGGCAGAUAUAACAAAUACUCCAGGAAUCUACCACAAACUCCAUGGAUAAUUGAUGGAGAAAGGAAAAUGGAAUCUUCAGUGGAAGAGUUAAUUUCAGAUCAUCUCUUGGCAGUUUUCAAAGCGGAGAGUUUUAAUUUCUCAUCCUCCGGAAGAGAAGAUGUAGAUGUGAGAACAUUAGGCAAUGGAAGGCCCUUUGCGGUUGAGCUGCUGAAUCCUCACAGAGUGCGGUUCACUUCGCAAGAAAUUAAGGAGCUCCAGCAGAAAAUUAAUAAAUCAUCUGACAAAAUCCAGGUACGGGACUUGCAGCUUGUUACGAGAGAGGCAAUAGGGCACAUGAAGGAAGGUGAAGAAGAAAAGACCAAGACCUACAGUGCCUUGAUAUGGACAAAUAAAGCCAUACAGAAGAAGGACAUAGGGUUCCUAAAUGACCUAAAGGACCUAAAGAUUGACCAGAAAACGCCUCUCCGAGUCCUUCACCGAAGGCCUUUGGCCGUGAGAAAGCGGGCCAUUCACUCUAUGGAGACACACUACCUGGAUGAGCAUCAUUUUCGUCUGUAUUUGAAGACCCAGGCUGGAACUAGUUGGUACUGCAUAAUUCUUUCCUUAAAGAGACCUAGCUACAUUAAAGAAUUUGUGCAUGGAGACUUUGGGAGAACCCAGCCGAACAUUGGCUCCCUGAUGAAUGUGACCGCAGACAUUCUUGAGCUGGAUGUGGAGUCUGUAGAUGUUGACUGGCCACCUGCUUUGGAUGACUAGCUCUCCCAGUGGAACACAAAGCGUUUUCCUGUCGUGACAAGGACAUACAGGCGGCGUAUCCUGGAAAAUGGCUGUUUACCCACCAUAACGGUGUCUUCAAAACCACUUGGAUCAUGUUGAUCUGUUCCUGAAGUUCACUGUAACAUCUCACGAUCUUCAUGUGUGUGUGUUGUGUGCUCUGUCGUUUGUUUGUUUGUUUUUUCUCAUUCCCUGUCUCAUGACCACAAAACCAAAAGAGGAAGGAUCUACCCAUCUUCUGAGAGGUGUGCAGUUGAGGUCCUGUCAGCCUAGGGAGCUGUGGCUCCUCCAGCGCAAUCUCGUACAGGAGACGAUACCUUUAAAGCCACGUGCUAAAGCUUCCGGGUCUUCCAGACAUGGUGUAGAGUGUCCGGGUAUUCUAGAAUGUCAGAUGCAAAGCUGAUACUAAUGUUUUCCCAGUCCCUCAUGGAAGCUGUCAUCAAUGGAAGGACUUUAAGGUAUGAUCUGUCACAGUGCUAAUGACCGCGUUACUGUUGACAAUCUAAAACUGUCAAUACAUGUCUGCUAUAGAAGGCAAGCGACACCUUAACACUGGCGGCAUACUCUAACAUUCCCUAAGCCCCUUAAGAGAAACAAGUGCCUUCGAUAUGUCUGUCCCAGGGUUACAGAUUGGAGACUGCUAAACAAAUACAAACAUAUUUCCGUGUUUCAACUACUUUCUAACUUCAAACAUCUUGGUAAGGUAUAUCUAGCAUUAUAUCUAAUUUCAUAAACAAGAAAACAAAAGUUAAAUGAUCCCUAAAAUUUUAGUUGCUCGUGUAAGCAGGUUUGGAGCAGAAGUUGUGUUUCCAGGCUCCUUCCUAUAACCCUUGUCAGGGGACCUGUGCCCCUGUGAUGGCAGUGCCCCCGAGCGUGCCAGGAAGGUUACACAACCAGGUCAGGUAGCCUCCCAAGGAACGGCUAUGUAUGUCUUACAUGAGUUUGUAUAGUCACCAUUGGUGAUGCAUGAUGAAGAGAAGUCUUAAACAUAUUGAACCAGAAGAUGAAUUAAUCAUUAGAAACUCCAGAAGGAGAACUCAAUAAAAUAUGGGUUUAAGUAUUAACUUUCAUCAGCUGGUGCAAUUUCUUGAGUUAUUUUUUAUACAUUGAUUUGAAUAGUAUUCAUGUUUCUCUUCUCUGCACGAAAUUCACAGAUCCUUAAGAUGUACUUUAGAUAUUAUAUCAGGAAAAUGUUUUUGAUUGAGAUAAAGGGCAGCCUUUGAAGCCGUGUUCAUCAUAUGUGGAUAAUGGCAAAGGAUAUUUUCAUUGUCAGAAAAUUCCAGAGGGUUAACAGAACUUAACUGAUAAAAAGUUAAAAGUUAAA